GAGCCAUCCAUAGAUAUCGGAGAAUUAUUGGAAAGGUCAGAUGACUGAAUUCACAGGAGUUUGGUUUGGGGGAUCCUCUGAUUUUUAAUUUGAUCACAAGGAAACUUGGACUUCUUCACUGCUGCUUGCCAAAGGAAGAACUUGUUUUACAAUGGAACGCCUCUAGCAGAGGCAAUACCGAACACAUUAUAGGAUAUAUCGAUAACUCAGCAAUCACAACAGACCUUGUAGUCAUGCAGAUUCGCCGUGCGUAAAAGCCAUGGCACGGCUCCAAUCGAUUGUCCCGCGCGCCGCGCGACGGAUUGCAUGUGUGUGCUUGUAGCGUCGGAUCGAGUGAGACGACAAGAAUCCAGGCUUUUAAAAAGCCCAGUGACACUGGGGAAGUAACGAGGACAACACUUCGCCGUUCGUUGCUCGGCGUUUUUUUCAUUGCGCAAUUGUGGAUGCUCCUUGUGAGAACUCUCCACCGUGUUAGAAUGUCGGAUUUUCAGAAUGUAGGAUGCAUGGCAGCACAUCUCUCGGUCUGUGGAGUUGGCUCGUAAAGCACAGUGCGUGAGAAGACGACAGGUAUUUCCAGGUAGGUGAACUCAACAUGUUCUCAGCCGUGGUCAGAGCGCACACCUGCACGCUUUAAGUCACCGUCUGACCUACGCGCAAACACACACACACACAUUUAUAUUUGAGCCAAACUAGACUGUGAAUCAUACAGGUCAAAGGACUGACACCUUGGAGUGUGGUGACUGGUGACCUCCCGAUCUGUUCCAAAGCAAAGCAUGGAAACUAGAAGUAAACAUUUUCUUCCACGUCCGUGAAAACAGAGGGCAACAAAUUUACACCUGGACUGUGUGGAACCAUCUUCCUUCCUCAAUUUUUGAAAAUUACAAUGGGGACCCACUGGAUUCCUCUGUCGCCAGACCUCAAUUUCUCUGCUUCACCAACUCCCUCUCCCUUCCUAUUUUCUUACCCCCACCUCUUCAACAUCUCCUCCAACUUGUCCGCUCAGAGUGUCCCCUUUCAGGGCAGCAGCACUCUGAUGACAGCGGUCAUCUCCCUCACGGUCUUCAUGGUGGGUCUGACCGGCAACACUCUGGCCAUCUAUGUGGUGCUGCGCUAUGCCAAGAUGAAAACAGUCACCAAUAUCUACAUCCUGAACCUGGCUGUGGCCGAUGAGCUCUACAUCAUCGGCCUCCCCUUCCUCACCACACAGAAUGUGCUCUCCUAUUGGCCGUUUGGUUCUUUCCUGUGUCGCGUGGUCAUGACCGCGGAUUCUAUGAACCAGUUCACGUCCAUUUUCUGCCUGACCGUCAUGUCCAUCGACCGUUAUCUGGCUGUGGUCCAUCCAAUCCGCAGCACCAAGUGGAGACACCCACGCGUGGCCAAGGUGGUGAGCGCAGCAGUGUGGGCCGUGUCCUUUGUGGUGGUCCUGCCGGUGGUCAUCUUCUCUGAUGUCCAGGACACAUUUAACUCCUGCAACAUGAUCUGGCCAGAGCCGAAGGACGUGUGGUCAACAGCCUUCAUCCUCUACACUGCCACAGUGGGCUUCUUUGGGCCGCUGCUCAUCAUUUGCCUCUGCUACCUACUUAUCGUCAUCAAGGUGAAGUCCUCGGGGGCGCGCGCGGGCUUCACCAAGCGGCGCCGCUCAGAGCGCAAGGUGACGCGGAUGGUGGUGGUGAUCGUGGUGGUGUUUGUGCUCUGCUGGCUGCCGUUCUUCAUCAUCAACAUGGUCAACCUGGUCAUCAUCAUCCCCGAGUCCAGCGCCACCGCCGGCGUCUACUUCUUCGCCGUCAUCCUGUCCUACGCCAACUCCUGCGCCAACCCGGUGCUCUAUGGCUUCCUGUCAGACAAUUUCAAACAGAGUUUCAGAAAAGUGCUGUGUGUGAAGAACAUGCGGUGCAAGGCCAAUGGUGUAGAUGAUGGCGACCCCAGCGCCCCGCGCACUGAGAAAACCACAGCACACGACUGUAUCCUGCUCUCCACUCGUAACCAGGUCUACCAUGAUGCCCAGACCAGCCAGAUCUCUCCUCACCCUUCAGACUCGCCUAGCUCGCACACAGCAGCAGACCUGCACCGCUCCAGCCCCACCUGCCAAUCUCCCUCCACUUGCCCGGGAUCUGGCCCCUCCACCACCACGGCAACCUGCUCCGCGGCCUCCGCGGCGACGCCCUCUGAACCUCCCACCAUCACUGCCCUGACUGCGCCUGCCUUCUCUGCCACCGCAGCCCCACAGCAGCACUAGCCAAUGUACCUGGACGUCAGGUGUCAGGUUUUAGGAAAUGAAAGGAGGAGGUGAGGAGGAAAAACACAAUGUGGGACUGUAAAAGGAUGUGGAGUGGCUCACGGGAAAUGGAAAACACUGAUGCUUUUCAGGAGCUACAUUGUACAAAUCAAUUUCUCGCACAAUUUCCGAACAAAACAAUGCAUACUCAUCUGAAAUUGCAUUGCGACAUUGAUCAUGAAUAUUUUUCAUUUCUCGAUGUGUAUCUGCACCUGUAUCACUCACCCAGCUGUUUAUCAAGCCCAAGGUUGCUCUCCACCCAGCCAUCUGACAUAAGUGCCUUUUCAGCCACUCUCGGCAGUCAUCACGACUCCUUAAUGGACGCAGAAAUAAUUACACCUUCCUUCUCUCUCCUGCGGUUAAUCUGUCACAGAACCAGUUACAAUGAAUUUACCUUUUACCUAAGAACCAAACAUGCCAGGGAAGGGGUAUUCAAGGCCAGUGGAGUUAUUUUCAGAACAAAGAGACACGUCCUCCGACCGUUUCAUUUAAGCAGCAGUGCACGUUUGAUCUGCUUCAAGCUGCCGUUCGCGUCUGUCGAAAACCACUUGAUUUAAAUGUGUGACUUGUGAUCAUUGAACUUGACAUCUGUAGGUGUUUGUGGGAAAAGUCUGCUCAAAUCCUCUUUGUGUAGUGUUAGUAUUUUCAUAGAAUAUCUUCCUUGCUUUUAGUCAUCUUAGUCAAAGGAAAUGUGACUUCUUGGCCGCUUCUCGUCUUUCUGCGAACAUGUAGCCUGCUCAGAACACAAAACCUCUGACCUCUUUGUAGAUAUAUGCUUCUGUGUCUUGUGAGUGCAUGUGCAUUUGCAGUGCAUGUGCAUGUGCAUUAUGUGUGUGUGUGUGUGUGUGUGUGUGUGUGUGUGUGUACAACUUUUCUCUCUGCAGAAGCUGUGAUGCUUGUAAUUACAUGGUUUACUGUGGCAGCAUAUAUUGUUAUGAGUGUUAUUAUUUGAGCACUUUGUUUAUUGUACACUGGAUGCUAUUUCUGAUCACACUGGCAGCACAUUACCUCAGCUGGCACAGCCCCUGUUAGCUCUGGCGUUUGAACUGCAUACACUGCAAGCAGUGCACUGAAUAUAAAAGAUGGACGACGCGUCUCCACUUCCUCGCACUGUGCAAAGAUGAAUCAAAACAUAACCUUUUUUCACCUUGUUUCAAAUGAUCAUCAAAUAGCUAGUUAAAACCCGACUAAUGAGAUGAAUGAACACUUGAGCAAAAACCAAUGUGAUAAGAACUACCUAAAAUUAUUUGGCCCAUGUCCCAUCUGCUAACACGGAGCCUGUUCAGGCCUUGUAUUAACAUUUUCUCAGCCUUUACGCACCCAGGUCGCACUGAGGAUGCCAUUUAAAUCCAAUCACUCAGACCCUAUUUGGUGUUAUUAUAUAAAUAGAGAGUGGGGAAAUGGGGUCAGAUCACAAGUGGUCACCGGAGACAUAUUCAGGAUGCAUUUUAAUGCCAGGUGUAAACAUGACGAACUUAAAGCUGUGCACUUAUGAUCGGAUCUCUCAGGACAGAUGUUAAUACCAGGUGUGAACAAGGCCACGGAGGGGGCGGGGUUCAUGACCUAUACUGCAGCCAUCCACCAAGUGGAGAUCAAGAUGUUGUGGCUUCAUUUUGGGGAACUGUCAUGUCGUCAGUCGUCGAUCGCAACCCCGUCCGCCCAUGGGGAGGAGCACAGAAAAUACUUGUUUCUGAUUGUUUGGUAGAUGCCCUUAAAAAUCAUAUCACAGCACACCUCAGACAUAUUUUUGGUCAGCUAUAGCAACCGACGCAGGCAACCAUGGCAACAAUAUUUCUACUUUAUGCUAUGUUAACAUUUAACACUGACAAAUGAGACGGACCUAAUCCAAGACUAAGAUUUGUAAACCAACUUUAAGAAAUCAGUGACAGUUUGAAUUCAGCUUCUGUUUUUGUGUAAGUGACAAAGCAGGAAAACACAUGUUAUUUUUGAAUGUUAGUAAACCUCAUGUAUUGCAAUAUUAUGUAGAGAGUUUCUAUUUUUCUCCAUAUCAUCACAAAACUAUUCCCAGUCAUUGUGAUUAAGCUCAUUCAGUUAAAGCUGUUGUGGCACAAUGAGUGAGAGUUUAGGAAAGCGUGAGAGUUUAGAAAUCUCCGAUGGUGAUUGAUGGUGAUGCUUUUUCAGCCACUUGUCAUCUCUGCAAAGAAAGAAAAUUCAUCAGUGACACACAGAAGCUGAUCGGAUGAAUAUAAUGAGCGGAGGUGAUGACAGUGAAACUAAUAGAAGCUGUCCCUGCAAGAAGAAAAAAAAGAAUCAAGGCCGUUAAUAAUGACGCCUUUUUUACGAGCAAAUAGUGAGACCACAUUAUUCGUUCAGAUGCU